AUGCCUGCCUCCCUGUCCUCCCUUGCUCCGGAAACGCUCGCCUUCAUCAUGACGUUCAGCGACAAUAAUACCGGUGCCUUCGCUCUCGCCUUCGCUCGCGCCAAUAAGGCCUCACGAAGCUGCAGAUAUCGCCAUCUGGCGAUCAACGAUUCAUACAUCUUCGAGGUGACCCCCGCGGAACGUCUCGUCUCUGCAUACCAGGAUGACGACAAGCUCAUCACCCUCGCAAAUACGGUCUCUGCGCUGGCGACCCCGAGCCGGUGGUCUAUCGUCAGGGAGAUGAAAAUAGGCAGUACGCUCAAGAUGUCGCUAGCGGUCACCGUCCCCAAGAUCAUCCCGCCGGUCUCGCAGUAUGAUCGGUCCCUCCAUGUCUCUCCACCCCCUCAUAUGAAGACGACGAGGAGAUUGGCGGAGGUGCAAGCGCGAGGGCAUGGUACAUCCAUCGGUCACUUGGUAGCGCUCCUGGAUCGGUGCCCGGAACUAUCGCUGCUGUCACUCUGGUUUGAUCCCGAUCCGGGGGCUGCCCACUGCGUCGAUCAGCUCAUUACAGCGAUAGAUCGAGCACGGCCUCAGGAUUUCUACUGGCCCAACAUGGAUGAUGCGGGGUCCGAAGCGCAGUGUUCAGCCGGACCUGCGACCUCAAGCAGAAUGGUCACCUUGUUGUCGGACUGGACACUGCCGCCUGAUUUCUCAAAGGGGUCAAGCAAUGCUCGAAGCAUCUUCUUCGCGCGGUUCAACGAUAAUCAUAUCGUCUCCUCCUGGAAUACCACGUUGCUCGCCUCCACCGCACUGGAAAGCGUAUACCACUUAUGGAAAAUCGAUCAUCUCGAUGAUCUCGGUUUGUCAUCAUCGCUCGACGCCAUCGAAGUUGUGACUACACCGACCUUCCGAAUUCGGUCCCUGUGUCGUGGCGGGGGCGAGCUCCUCCAUGCGCAGAUUCGACUGCUACAGGUCGUUGUUGGCCAGACCCAGGAUAGGGAGUUUGACAGCGCGGACGAAGACGACCAAGAUGACAGGACGUAUCCGCGAACCAAGCGUAUCCUCUUCGUCGACCGCGGCCACUGCGACGAGAACGAAAUACCCUGCUAUGUCCGAGGCGCCAAUACUCGCAGUCCCUUCGAUCAGGACUACACCUUCUUCAACGCUCGGAAGGUCGAUCGACGCGCUCGUCUCAUCGGCUUCUCAUACCAUCCUCAUACAAUCUACCUCGUGAUCGCCCUCAUGUCCACCAGAUCUAAGAGGAUUGUGUAUAGCUGUGCAUGGUCUGCUCGAUCUAAUCAACGAGACCUCCGAGAUCCAAAACCUCCCGCCCGUACGGUACCCGUCGCACGGACUGUUACCGCCGGCCGGGGAAAGCCGAAAGAUCUGCCGUAA